AUGUUCUGCGUUCACACCCACCCCGUCAAGAUUCGUUUUGUUGCUCCGUUCUUCUCCUCUGCUACCUUGUUCGUGUUCCUUGCGCAUGUGUCCGUGAUCAUCUUCGGAUUUCUGAUAGCCUACUUCUCGCACGGAUUGUGGUUGAAGGAGAGCUUCUACAGGGAGCAACCCAUCGUGUCUUACAGGGAUCAGUACUUCCUGAAGCUGAUGGGGACCAAUUCAACGUCUGGUAAACCCUUCGAGCUCAAGUACAGCUCCUUUGAGCAGAUCAAUCUCAUCAACAACGAUGUGUUGAGGUAUCCCGACAUUCGUGUUCGGCAUGAAGACAUCAACGGCGACGGUAUCACCGACCAGUUUCUACUCUCUGCCACGUUCCCCGUCGUGGAGGAGGAGCAGGUUCAACGGGUAGAAGGGAUCUUCAUGUUCAGUUACAUGCUGAGGAACCGCGUGAGGCUCAACGUGGAGGCUCCUGUGCUGCUGUCGCACACGGGGGGAGUGGCCGGGCGAGAACUCUUCGUGUCUGGGAGCCUUUCCCUGAGCCUCGCCAACGCUCUUCCUGUCCUCCCGUCUGUUCGCACAACCAGGGACCCGCUCUUCCCCACCAACAGGACCCUCUCGUCGUCAGAAGUCACCAUGACGAGCCUCGUCGACAAGGUUGCUGCUAGGAACGACACGUUCCUUCUAGAGCCAGCGGUCUCGACCUGGAAUGUUGCCAUGGUUGGAUGUAACCCCAAAUGCAACUUUGUCAUCCGGCUCAAAGUCAAGAUCCCCAACCAGAAGGUCUGGUACGUCCCGACCUUCAUAGAGGUCGCCAAGUUCAGUUGGAUCCAGAUCCUCGCAACCUGGGUCUUCCUCUACUUCUUCGUCCUCCCCUUCAUUCACUUCAUUCUCGAUCAUCAGAUCAUACAAUCAGUUGUCAAACACCCUCUGAAGAAGUUCCAUCGAGACUGA